CAGUUUUCAAUCCAAAAGUGUGAACUGUGAAGACAGAAUGUUAAAACUGUUAAUAUUUUUGAUAGCUUAUGCAUGUGCUACGCCCAUUCAACCUAAAGCGGAACUCGAAAACUACCGCUUACCAGAAGGUGCCGUGACAGUCUCCAAGUAUGACAUCGAACUCAGAAUCGAAGACAACUUUUUCGAGGAAAACCAAUUUGGAGGAAUCGUAUCAAUUUGGUUUACCAAUUUGCAAGCCACCAAUGAAAUUAAACUGCACGCAAACUGGAUUCGCUUUUCAGAAACGAAAUUAUUCCGGAUUGACGUGAACCAGGAAGAUGAAGAUGUUGAAAUUCCUGUGGAUCUAACACAAGACAAUUUCUCGAGCGAUGUCGACACUGACGUUUUGACUGUGGAAUCAACUGAGAUACUAGCCCCAGACACGAAGUACAGGCUGUACUUUGUGUAUGAUGCAGACCUUCGGACCAAUGAAAUGUAUGGGUUUUACAAGAGCUACUAUCUUGGACCUGACGAGCAGAAGACGUAUUUGGGUACUACUCAGUUCCAGCCAACAAGUGCAAGGAAGGCUUUCCCCUGCUUCGACGAACCGGGGUACAAAGCGACUUUUGAUAUCAAAAUUAGACGCCCGAAGGAGUUGCUGCCGUUGGUACUUGGUAACACGGAGGGAACAGAUGAAGAAGAUCUAGAGGAUCCAAAUUUUUUGGUCACUACUUUCGCAACGACGCCUAUAAUGUCUACGUAUUUGAUAGCAUUCAUAGUUUCUAAUUUUAAUUGUACCGAAAGUCCAGAAAACCCGAUACAUUCUGUAUGUUCAAGAACGGCAGCUGCACCUCAACGUGCUGUCGCUGUAGACAUUGGUCCCAAACUGAUCAGUGCAAUGGAAACAAUCACUGACAUUAAAUAUCUCGAUUCUGGAAUUGGAAAAAUGCACCAGGUCGCUAUUCCAGAUUUUUCGGCAGGAGCUAUGGAAAACUGGGGACUUUUAACCUACAGAGAAACCGCUUUGCUCUACGAUCCAGAGCAAUCGUCCAAUUCUUACAAACAAAGCAUCCAGAACAUAAUUUCUCACGAAAUCGCCCACAUGUGGUUCGGUAACUUAGUCACCUGUAAAUGGUGGUCUAACACUUUCCUGAACGAAGGUUUUGCCACGCUUUACCAAUAUUUGGCCACGGCUGCGGUGGAAACAACUUGGGAACUUGACAAGCAAUUCGUAACUGCACAAGUUCAACCAAUGUUGGUUAUCGAUGCUGCACCAUUAGCUGCCGCCUUGACUCAAGAAGCUUACACUCAAGCGCAGGUUUCUUCAAGAUUUGCUUCAGUCUCUUACAAUAAAGGUGGUAGUAUAUUCCGAAUGCUCCAACACGUUAUGGGUGUAUCAAAUUUCAAUCAAGGACUUAACAGAUACCUAAAUGAUAAUAAAUUUGGUGCAACCGUUCCUGAAGAUCUGUGGAAUGGAAUCGAACCAUCAAUUCCUGCCAAUAUUCUACCAGAAGGUACUAAUUUAUCGAAAGUGAUGGACAACUGGAUUAACAAAGCGGGCUUUCCACUACUACACGUGGAGUAUACUGAUGGUACCAUUACUAUUACACAGAAACGUUUCGUAAUUGCGGAUGAUCCUGAUCCAAACGACGUUUGGUACGUCCCUAUAGCGUAUACUCUUUCCACCGAUGUUGAUAAAUUUGAAGAUACGUCAGCGAGAGCGUGGCUACUACCAACCACACCACUCGUUAUUACUACAGAUUUGGGAGAUUCUGACUGGAUUAUUCUAAACAAUCAGCAGAUAGGGUACUACAGAGUCCAAUACGACGACGAUCUUCUAAAUAGAAUAGAAGCAGUACUCAAAAGCGAAAACAUUGACGAUAUUCACGUGCUUAACCGAGCCCAUUUGGUCGACGAUAUUUACAACCUCGCAAAAAUUAACGUCUACAAGUACGCCAGAGUGUUCGAACUUUUGGACUUCUUGAAAAAUGAAAUUUCGUACUACCCGUGGAACUCCGCACUUGCUGCCUUUUCCAACAUGUUGUCGAGAACAGGAGACGAGAGAAUCAGAGAGGCGCUUUCGAGCCACAUUUUGGACCUGAUGCAAACAGUGUACGAAAGCGUACCAUUUGACGAACGGAAAGACGAUGAUCAAAUUUACACUUUCAAUAGGGUUCAAAUAAUAACUUGGGCGUGCAGGCUAAAUCUACCUGACUGUGUAGACAAAGCUGUGGCUGCUUUUGGAAAUUACGUCUCAACGAAAGUAAAACCUGAUAAAAAUCUAAAGUCUGUAAUUUACUGCAAUGGUCUGCGCCACAGUACUAACAUAAGGACCGAUUGGGACUUCCUGUGGAGCGAAUACAGCAGUACCACUUUAGCCACAGAACAGGCAACGAUUUUGUCCGCUCUGGGGUGUGCCACAGAUGCAGAAGUCCUAAACGAAUUCCUCACGAAAUCCAUCACUGUCGAUGCAGGAAUUCGCCAACAAGACGCCUCCUCGGUCUUUUCAAGCGUGUACACGCAAAAUCCAGAGGGAGUCGACAUAGCCUACGACUUUCUUAUUUCAAACUGGCGUGAGAUCUCAGAAUACUAUGGUUCAAUGAAUGCCCUCAACAAUUUAUUCAGUGGUUUGGCAGCAAGAUUCACUCGAGAGGAGCAAGUGCAAAAGCUGAGAGACUUCCUCGACAAUCUGGAAGCCGGUUUUCCUGAAACUGUAGCAACAGCAGCUAUCGAGGCAUUGGCAAGUGCUGAGGCUAAUUUGAAGCUAACUGCGGCGUUUGAACAACAACUAAUCGAAUUCUUCGAACUUGACACAGAAGUUACUUCUAAUUCUACUACUACUACUUCUCCUUCUCCUGGUAGUCCUACUACUCCUACUACUACUCCUGCACCUUCCACGGGUGGAAGUACUUCGCUAACCUUUGGAAUAACGUCAGCUGUGUCCACCCUUUUGAUUCUUUACUACCAGUUUUUAUUGCACUCUGUAGGAGCUAGCCAGUUUUCAACCCAAAAGUGUGAAAGUGUGAACGCAGAAAUGUUAAAACUGUUAAUAUUUUUGAUAGCUUAUGCAUGUGCUACGCCCAUCGAGCCUAAAGCGGAUCCUCAAGACCGUUUACCAGAAGGCUCCGUAGCAAUCGAAAAAUACGACAUCGAACUCAGAAUCGAAGAAAACUUUUUCGAAGAAAACCAAUUUGGAGGAAUCGUAUCAAUUUGGUUUACGAACUUACAGGCCACCAACGAAAUUAAACUGCACGCUAAUGGGAUCACUUUUUCCGAAACUAAGCUCUUCCGGGUUACAGGAACCGAAGCAAACCCAGUUGAAACGGAUGUGGUACUUACAGAAGAAAGUUUCUUGAGCGAUAACGACACUGACGUUUUGACUGUGGUGUCGACUACGCAACUGGAAGCAAACGCGAAUUACAGGCUGUAUUUUGUGUAUAGUGCAGAGCUUCGGACCAGCGAAAUGUAUGGGUUUUAUAAGAGUUACUACAUCGGGACUGAUGGACAGAAGAAGUUUUUGGGUACUACUCAGUUUCAGCCAACCAGUGCCAGGAAGGCUUUCCCCUGCUUCGACGAACCGGAGUACAAAGCGAUUUUUGAUAUCAAAAUUAGACGCCCGAAGGAACUGCUGCCGUUGGCACUUGGAAACACGAAGGCAACAACAGAUCAAGAAGAUCUAGCGGAUACUAAUUUCGUAACCGCUACUUUUGAAACGACACCUAUAAUGUCCACAUAUUUGAUUGCAUUCAUAGUUUCUGAUUUUGAGUUUGAAAAUCAGCUGACCGAGUUUUUCAAGCGUGAUUCAGAUAGUACUGACUCUAGUUCUGAUUCUAACACUGAGUCUAAUUCUGAUCCUAGUACUGACUCUAGUUCUGAUUCUACUACUGAGUCUAGUUCUGAGCCUAGUACUGACUCUAGUUCUGAUUCUACUACUGAGUCUAGUUCUGAGCCUAGUACUGACUCUAGUUCUGAUUCUACCACUGAGUCUAGUUCUGAGCCUACUACUGACUCUAGUUCUGAUUCUACCACUGAGUCUAGUUCUGAGCCUACUACUGACUCUAGUUCUGAUUCUACCACUGAGUCUAGUUCUGAACCUAGUACUGACUCUAAUUCUGAUUCUACUACUGAGUCUAGUUCUGAGCCUACUGCUGAUCCUAGUUCUGACCCUACUGCUGAUCCUAGUUCUGAUCCGACUUCUGAUCCUUCUGAUUCUAGUUCUGACGAUACUUCCGAUCCUGGUUCUACUUCUGCUCCUACGGAUGCACCUGAUGGAAGUGCUUCCCUGACGAUUGGAAUGACGUCAGUUGUGUCGACUCUGUUGGUACUUUGCUACCAGUUUUUAUUUUAGAAGGACGUUUUUAAUUUAUUGCACAUUAUUGUAGUUUAUUUUGGCUCUAUAUACGUAGACGCAUAAUUGUUUUAAGUAGCUUUAUCAGAUAUUUAGUUGCGCAAGAGAAUCGAUGCAUCACAAAUUUAUUUAUAGAUGUUAAAAUAAUGGAUGAUAAACUGUCAUUUUGUAAUGCAGGUUUUCAUAAUGGAAAUAAACUACUUACGUUAUGAAAUAUAAAAAUUUAUAAACAUUAAUAGAA